AUGAUACCUCAAACAGCGAAUCAGGAAGUAACUGCAUUUCAUGACCUUUUUUUCUGUUCCAAAUAUUCAUUUGAAUUCGAAUUUUUUCGAUUUUUUGAAAGAAGUGAAGUCAUUAUUGCAUUUUAUUCGAGAACACAUUCAGGUUCAAUUCAUUCUGGUAGACUGUUAAAUGAAAGCUUCGAUUUUGAUGAUUUGGAUGCAUUUAACUUACUGGGUCUUAAUUUUGAAAAUUUUGCUGAAGCUGAUGAAUCAGGGUAUUACAGCGGUGAUCAGUUGCAGAAUGCUGUUGAUAGAGCAUUUCUUUUUGGAUUCAACGGGGCAUUUAAUCGUAUAGAGCACGGAAUUGAUGAAAUGGGAAAUGAGAAUCGGAUUCAUAAUCAUUUGAAAGCAAGCGGUUCACGAUCAUGGAGUCCACGUUCCAUGCGUGAACGUCAUGGAAGAGAUUUCAUUGAAUAUCGACGACAUAGCUAUCCGAAUAUUGCUCGAGAUUUUGUUUAUCAACAAAUAGAUGAUGAAUCAAGUGAUGAUAAAGUGAAUAGCUCAAGCAAUCUUCUCAGAAUGGGAGUGACAACACGCGAUGAAUCGCCACCAGCAAAUGUGGCAUCAGAUCCUCGAGAAUCAUCUAUGCAACAACAACAGCUACAAGUUCGAUCACGUCGUGGCAUUAAACGUUAUCGUAUGCCAAGAUCACUUAGCAGAACAUCACCUGUUUCAGCAAAACGACAACGUUCAUUAUCAUUAAUUUCAAGACGAAAUAAUAUUGAAUAUAGUUCAGAAAGUAAUGAGGAACCAAUGAGACAAUCUUCACAAAUCAGUUAUAUCACUGAAAGAAAUUAUCCGAUCAGAUCAAGAAGAAAUAUGAGAACUAGUGGAAGACGCUUGUUACCACCACGAAGUCUACGUCGACGUCGAAGAUCGUCACAACGAUAUCUACGAUCUCGAUUAUACGGGAGAUUACGUCACGUGAACAGCGGUCGAAUUAAAGGAAGAUCUUUCAAAACCUUUACAUAA